AUGGCAGCAGCCUCGUUCUUGUCACUGGUCCCGACCUAUGUCUGGGUGGCCCUCGUCGCCCUGCUCCUCGGCAUCUACCGUCUCCUCCAGGUCGGCAAACGGGACCCUCGCAUGCCACCUGGCCCUCCCACCAUCCCCAUCCUAGGAAACGCUCAUCAGAUUCCUCGCACUGGCCUUUACAAACAAUUUCGAGAAUGGGCCAGAGAAUACGGCCCCAUCUUCAGCCUCAAACUCGGCCCGUCCAGCGUCGUCGUUCUCUGUGACCGCAAAGCUAUCCACAAGCUGCUCGUCGAGAAAGGCUCCAUUUACUCGGAUCGCCCAGAGAGCUACGUCGGCCAUCUACUGACCAAAGGCGACCAUCUGGCCAUCGCCCAGAUGGAUCCUCUGUGGCGAGAGAAGAGAAAGGUCAUCGCCCACAACUUUUCUCCCAAGCCGCUGGAUGAGAAGCACUUUCGAAUUCAAGAAGCAGAAGCCACUGUCUUGAUGAACAACCUUCUGACCGAUCCCGAUGAUUUCUAUCGCCAGAUCAGACGCUACACCGCCUCCGUGGUGAGCUCCAUCACCUACGGCUAUCGCGGGGCCACCCCGGACUCGUUCUGGGCCCAAGGCGUUUACGAUGUAAUGGACAGGUGGACGGCCGCCAUGGAACCCGGAGCCAAUCCUCCUGUGGACGAAUUUAAAUUCCUCCAGUGGACGCCGACCUGGAUGUCCUUCUGGAAACGUCGGGCCAUCGAUGCCGGUGCAAUGAUGGACGGUGUCUGGGGCGAGGCCCGGAGAAGAAUCGACGAGCGCCGCGCGCGAGGAGAACGCCGCAACUGUAUCAUCGAUAGCCUCCUCGACGAGUAUGAGAAGAAGGGCAUGCCCUUUUCCAAACACGGCUUCGACAAUCUGAUGGGUGAACUGAUCGAAGGCGGAGCCGAUACUACUGCUGCUCAACUCCUGACCUUGAUCCUCGCCUUUGGCCUGUACCCUGAAGUGCAGAAGAAGGCCAGAAAGGAAAUCGACGCUGUCUGUGGCACCGAGAGAGCUCCAUUAUGGUCCGACUUUGACAAACUGCCGUAUAUCAACUGUAUCGUCAAAGAGGGGAUGAGAUGGCGUCCUGUGGCCGUGACUGCGCUCCCUCACCGAGCAAGAGAAGACGACUUCUACGAGGGCAUGUUGAUCCCCAAGGACUCGACCGUGUUCCUCCCGACCUGGGCCAUCCAUCAUUCGGCCGAGAUCUACGCCGACCCGGAGACGUUCAACCCCGACCGCUACCUGAACCACCACAAGUUGGCCAACGACUACGCCGGCAGCCCCGACUGGGCGAAUCGAGACCACUACAACUACGGCGCCGGCCGCCGCAUCUGUCCCGGCAUGCAUCUCGCGGAGCGCAACAUGUGGCGCAUCGCGGCCAAGCUACUCUGGGCCUUUGAAUUCUCCGAGUACGUCGACCCCAAGACGGGCGUCAAGGUGCCGCUGGACGCCGACGCCUACAACCCGGGGAUUCUGCAGGCUCCGUUGCCUUUCAAGAUCGCCAUCAAGCCGCGAAGCCAGAAGCAUGUGGAACGCAUCAACCAGGAGAAGGCCGAGGCAUUGGAGUUUUUGGAGCAGUACAGUUAG